AUGAACUGCCCCUCACGAACCGACGAUACUCUCGAACACCCGGGCUGGAACCAGAACCCGCCGCCUCUGAAUGCCGACGCAACAACCCGGGAGGACUUCAACGGCAUGGCCAAUUCCAAGGUCCACAGAGGGCAUACAACCGGGGUGGGCGAAGGGGGCGGCAUAUCGGUGACCGAAAGCCCAUCCCCAGCCCCCGACAGUAGGGACGAGCCACCCCUCAAGGCGGGCACAGCCGGCGGGGCGAUCUCUGCAUACUCCGGGCAUCAGCCCGAGAGAAACAGUGAUUCGCUUCGCCGUGUCUUUUCAUCAUUCCCACACAUCUCUACAAUCCCCUCUCGUGUCAUUCAGAGUCUCGUGAAGUUCGCCCGUUUCGUUGGACCGGGAUUCCUCGUCGCCGUCGCCUAUAUCGAUCCUGGAAACUAUGCUACCGAUGUCGCAGCCGGUGCGGACUUCCGAUACGCCCUCCUCUUUAUCGUCCUUCUGUCGAACCUUUUUGCGAUCUUCCUGCAGUCGUUAUGCAUAAAGCUUGGGACGGUGACGGGGUUGAACCUGGCGGAAAAUUGCAGGGAACAUCUCCCCAAAUGGUUGACGAUCGUCCUGUAUAUCUUCGCGGAGGCAGCUAUUGUUGCGACGGAUAUAGCAGAGGUUGUUGGCUCCGCAAUUUCCCUAAAUCUCCUUCUUAAUAUACCCCUUGUUGCCGGCUGCGCCAUUAGCAUUGUGGAUGUCCUGUUCAUCCUCAUCUUCUACAGACCAAAUGGCUCCAUGUGGGGUCUACGGCUGUUCGAGUUCUUCGUCAUGGCCCUUGUACUAGGAGUCGUCAUUUGCUUCUGCAUCCAGCUCUCUCUCAUCAAAGAGCAGUCAAUUGGAGACGUCUUCCGUGGCUAUCUCCCAUCAUCAGCCAUAGUUCAGUCCAAUGGACUAUACCAAAGCUGCGGCAUCCUCGGCGCAACCGUCAUGCCGCACUCCAUGUUCCUCGGCAGCGGCAUCGUGCAGGCGCGCCUCAAAGAGUUCGACGUUAUCUCCGGCUACGCAGACCCCACCGCAUGCAUUGGCAGCACAAACGGCGAAGUCGAGUACCGUCCGUCCCUACACGCCAUCCGCGGCUGUAUGAAAUACUCCAUCAUCGAACUCGCCUUGUCCCUCUUCACCUUCGCCCUCUUCGUCAACAGCUCCAUCCUCAUCGUCGCCGGUGCCUCCCUUUACAACUCCCCUGCCGCAACCGACGACGCAGACCUCUUCGGCAUCUACGAUCUUUUGUCAAGUUCCAUCUCCAAAGCCGCGGGGACGGUCUUCGCCCUCGCCUUGCUCCUUUCUGGCCUCUCCGCUGGCAUCGUCUGUACUAUGGCCGGCCAGAUGGUGUCCGAGGGCAUGCUCAACUGGAGUAUCCGCCCCUGGCUCCGCAGGCUCAUUACCCGCUCCAUCAGCAUCAUCCCCAGUAUCAUCAUUGCUGGAGCCGUAGGCAAAGAAGGGCUCAACCAAACGCUUACGGCUAGCCAGGUCGUGCUUAGCGUUAUCCUGCCGUUCGUCAGCGCGCCGCUUGUUUACUUCACCUGUCGAAAUCGCUACAUGACUGUCCCUGUGGAGCGGGUGCAUGCUACGGAUGCAGAUAUAGAUGAGCAGAACCAACCUCGGGCCCCCGCAGAGGGGGAUGACGGCGGUGUAGUCAUUGCAACUGAAGGCGUCAAGAUGGGCAACGGCUUCAUUACCUCGGCCAUUGCCGUCGUUGUCUGGUUGGUUAUCGCGGUUAUGAAUGUAGCUCUGCUUGUGCUUGUAGGGAUGGGGAAGGCUUAA